UCCGCCUCGCCCCCUGCCGGCGCGUCCCGUCACUGAUGGAAAAUGGCUGCUCGGAGCAGCUCUCCAAAUCUGGGAGAAAACUGAACAGAAAAGUCUACUUUACAACUAAGCAAACACACCUGGAGUUUUUCUAACUGGCUGAACGGCAUCUCAGGGACGCCUGAAUGAUCAGAAUGUCUCGCUGGGUCCCCACGAAGAAGGAAAAGUAUGGAGUUGCAAUCUAUAACUACUCUGCCCGCGGAGAGGAGGAGCUGUCACUACAGAUCGGAGACACGGUGCACAUACUAGAGACGUAUGAAGAGUGGUACAGAGGACACCUACUGAGGAGAAAGUCGAAAAAGGGCAUAUUUCCAGCCUGCUACAUUCACUUGAAGGAUGCCACAGUGGAAGGAAGUGGGCAUAAGGAGACGGUCAUUCCCACUGAGUUGCCCCUGGUCCAGGAGGUUACCACAACGCUGCGGGAAUGGGCCACAAUAUGGAGGGACCUCUACGUGGGGGACAAGCGUGAGAUGUUCAACUGCGUCCGUGACAUGAUCUAUGACCUCAUCGAAUGGCGGUCCCAGAUCUUGUCUGGCACCCUCCCGCAGGACGAGCUCACCGAACUCAAACAGAAGGUCACCUCAAAGAUAGACUACGGCAACAAGUACUUGGAUCUUGACUUAGUUGUGAGAGAUAAGGAUGGAAACAUUCUGGAUCCAGAGCUCACCAGCGCCAUCAGUCUGUUCAGGGCACACGAGGCAGCCUCCAAGCAAAUUGAGGACCGCAUCCAAGAGGAGAAGUCUCAAAGGCAAAAUAUUGAUCUGACGAGACAAGCCAAGUUUGCUUCCACUCCAUCGUUUGCGCUCUUUGUGACUCUGAAGAAUGUGGUAUGCAAGAUCGGCGAAGAUGCGGAGGUGCUGAUGUCGCUCUACGACCCCAUGGAGUCCAAAUUUAUCAGUGAGAACUACUUGGUGAAGUGGUCAAGUGCAGGUCUGGCAAAAGACAUCGACCAGCUUCAUAAUCUGCGGGCAGUCUUCACGGACUUGGGAAGUGAAGACUUGAAAAGAGAAAGGAUUAGCUUUGUGUGUCAAAUAGUCAGAGUCGGACGCAUGGAGCUCCGAGACAACAACACCAAGAAGCUGACGUCGGGUCUGAGAAGACCCUUUGGAGUGGCAGUAAUGGAUGUCACCGACAUCAUAACUGGCAAAAUGGAUGAUGAGGACAAGCAACACUUUAUCCCUUUUCAGCCGCUAGCGUUGGAUGACGCCAUUCGCCACAAGCAGCUGAACAUCUCCCGUUUUUCACCCAGGGUAGCAGGGGAGAACGACUUCCUGCAGACCGUCAUCAACAAGGUUAUCACCGCCAAAGAGGUCAAUCACAAGGGCCAAGGGCUGUGGGUGACUCUGAAGCUGCUUCCAGGAGAUAUUCAUCAGAUAAGGAAAGACUUCCCUCACCUGGUGGAUCGAUCGACAGCUGUGGCUCGCAAAAUGGGCUUUCCCGAGAUAAUAAUGCCAGGUGACGUGCGAAACGACAUCUACAUCACCCUGGUUCAGGGAGACUUUGACAAAGGGAGUAAGACCACACCCAAAAACGUGGAGGUGACCAUGUCUGUUUAUGACGAGGAAGGCAAAAAGCUUGAGAAUGUGAUCUUCCCUGGAGCUGGAGAAAGUGUGAUCAGUGAGUACAAGUCUAUCAUCUACUACCAAGUGAAGCAGCCGCGCUGGUUUGAGACAAUAAAGGUUGCUAUUCCUAUUGAAGAUGUGAAUCGGAGCCAUUUGCGUUUCACCUUCCGCCACCGCUCAUCACAGGACUCUAAAGACAAAUCAGAGAAGAUAUUCGCCUUUUCUUUUGUGAAACUGAUGCGGUUUGAUGGGACCACUCUGAGAGAUGGUGAGCACGAUCUCAUUGUGUACAAGGCAGAAGCCAAAAAGUUGGAGGAUUCGAACCAUUACCUAACCCUGCCCGCCACCAAGGUGGAGAUGGAGGAGAAGGGCUACUCUACCACAGGGAAAAGCACCCAGAACCAAGGGGCCUGCAUAAUCACCAAAGACUCCUUACAGAUCUCCACCCUGGUCUGCUCCACCAAACUUACACAAAACGUUGACCUGCUUGGCCUGUUGAAGUGGCGCUCCAACACCAGCCUUCUGGAGAAGAACCUCCGUCAGCUGAUGAAGGUCGAAGGGGGAGAAGUUGUGAAGUUUUUGCAAGACACGCUGGACGCUCUCUUCAACAUCAUGAUGGAAAACUCAGACAGUGAAGCUUUUGACACCCUGGUGUUUGAUGCCUUGGUGUUCAUAAUUGGACUUAUAGCUGACAGAAAGUUCCAGCACUUCAACCCCGUUCUUGAGACCUACAUUCGAAAGCACUUCAGUGCAACGCUGGCAUACACGAAACUGACCAAAGUUUUGAAGAACUAUGUGGAAAAUGCAGAGAAAUUGACCGAACAGCUGCUGGGAGCCAUGAAAGCUCUGGAAUACAUCUUCAAGUUCAUCGUGCGCUCCAGAGUCCUCUUUAACCAGCUCUAUGAGAACAAAGGGGAGGCCGGCUUCAUGGAGUCCUUGAGAAACCUUUUCACGUCCUUUAAUGACAUGAUGAACAGUAAUUCAGAGAACACUGGCAUGGUGAAGCUGCUUCUGAAGGGUGCCGCCCUAAAAUACAUUCCCACAAUUGUCAACGACGUCAAGCUGGUCUUCGAUCCCAAAGAUCUCAGCAAGCUGUUUACAGAGUUUAUCCUGAAAGUCCCAGCGGGUCGCUUGGUGAAGCAGAAGCUGGACUGUCUGAUUGACAUCGUCCACAGCGAUCUCUUUGUAAAUCACGAUUGCCGUGAGAUCCUGCUGCCUCUGAUGACCGACCAGCUUAAACUCCACCUGGAAAAGCAGGAAGAGCCGAAGGCUUGCUGCCAGCUGCUCAGUGACAUCUUGGAGGUGCUUUACAGGAAAGAUGUGGGACCCACCCAGUGGCAUGUGCAGAUCAUCAUGGAGAAGCUGCUAAGAACCAUCAACAGGACAGUCAUCUCCAUGAGCCGCGACUCACCGCACAUUGGGAGCUUCGUGGCCUGCAUGACUGCUACACUGCGGCAGAUGGAAGACUAUCACUACCCGCAUCUGAUCAACACGUUCGGAAAGAUAAGAAGUGAUGUGGUGGAUUUCCUCAUGGAAACGUUCAUCAUGUUCAAAGAUCUCAUUGGGAAAAAUGUCUACCCUUCAGACUGGAUAAUCAUGAACAUGAUGCAAAAUAAGGUUUUUCUUCGGGCCAUCAGUCAGUACGCUGCAGUACUAAACAAGAAAUUUCUGGACCUAACCAACUUUGAACUACAGCUGUGGAACAACUACUUCCACUUGGCCGUAGCCUUCCUCACUCAGGAGUCACUGCAGCUGGAGAACUUCUCGAGCGACAAAAGGGCCAAAAUUUUCCAGAAGUACCAGGACAUGAGAAGACAGAUUGGCUUUGAAAUAAGGGAUAUGUGGUACAAUCUUGGGCCCCAUAAGAUAAAGUUCAUUCCUGAGAUGGUCGGCCCCAUUCUGGAGAUGACGCUUGUUCCAGAGAUUGAGCUUCGAAAGGCAACCAUCCCCAUCUUCUUUGACAUGAUGCAGUGCGAGUUCCACUUUACCUGCAGCUUCCAAAGGUUUGAGAACGAGAUCAUCACCAAACUCGAUCACGAGGUGGAAGGAGGCCACGGAGACGAACAGUACAAACUCCUCUUCCAGAAAAUUUUGCUGGAGCACUGUCGGAAGCACAAGUACUUGGCAAGAAUGGGCGAGCUCUUUGUCAAUCUGGUAGUGCGUCUGCUGGAGCGGCUGCUGGACUACAGGACCAUCAUGCAUGACGAGAACAAGGAAAACCGCAUGAGCUGUACGGUCAAUGUGCUCAACUUUUACAAGGAGAUAGACAGAGAAGAAAUGUACAUCAGAUACCUGUACAAGCUGUGCGACUUACACAGAGAGUGUGACAACUACACAGAGGCUGCUUACACCUUGCUGCUACAUGCAAAACUACUCAAGUGGUCAGACGAGCCAUGUGCAGCCCACCUGACGCAGAGAGAUGGUUACCAGGCUGCCACUCAAGGGCAGCUUAAGGACCAGCUCUACCAGGAGAUUAUUAAUUACUUCGACAAGGGCAAGAUGUGGGAGGAAGCAAUUAUUCUGAGCAAAGAACUGGCGGAACAAUAUGAGAAUGAAAUGUUUGACUUUGAGCAGCUGAGUGCAUCUCUGCGGAAACAGGCUCAGUUCUACGAGAACAUUGUGAAGGUUAUUCGGCCCAGACCUGAUUACUUUGCUGUGGGCUAUUAUGGAAUGGGCUUCCCUUCUUUCCUGCGUAAUAAAAUGUUCAUUUAUCGUGGGAAAGAGUACGAGCGCAGAGAGGACUUUGAGGCACGGCUCCUCACACAGUUUCCCAAUGCAGAAAAGAUGAAGACCACUACGCCGCCCAGCGAAGACCUAAAGAACUCCUCUUUGCAGUAUAUCCAGUGUUUUACAGUAAAAACCAUCCUUGAACUGCCUGCAAAGUUUCAAAAUAAGCCAGUGUCUGAACAAAUAGUCAGCUUCUACACUGUAAAUGAAGUUCAUAAAUUCCAGUAUUCCAGGCCAGUGAGGAAAGGAGAGAACAACCCUGACAACGAAUUUGCUAACAUGUGGAUCGAAAGGACCACUUACACAACGGCGUACAAACUUCCUGGCAUCCUGCGCUGGUUUGAAGUCAAGUCAGUCUCCACGGAGGAGAUCAGUCCACUGGAGAACGCCAUGGAAACAAUGCAGCUGACCAAUGAGAAGAUCAGCAGCAUGGUGCAAAGGCAUCUCAGCGACCCCAACCUCCCCAUCAACCCUCUCUCCAUGUUGUUGAAUGGGAUUGUGGAUCCAGCUGUCAUGGGAGGUUUUGCCAACUAUGAGAAGGCCUUCUUCAAUGACAAGUACGUGCAGGAACAUCCAGAGGACCUUGAGAAGAUAGAGAAACUGAAAGACCUCAUUGCUUGGCAGAUUCCACAUCUCGCUGAAGGUGUUCGCAUCCACGGAGAGAAGGUCACCGAGGCUCUGAGGCCUUUCCACGACCGCCUGGAGGCCUGCUUCAAACAACUGCGCGAGAAGGUGGAGAAACAGUACGGAGUGAAGACUCUGCCGGCAGCAGAUGAGCGGCGGGGGCCUCGCCCGGCCUCCAUGGUGCGCUCCUUCACGAUGCCCUCCUCCCAGAGGCCGCUGUCUGUAGCGUCAGUCACCUCCAUCUCCUCGGACAACUCUCCCUCCAGGCCUGGCUCAGACGGCUUCGCCCUGGAGCCUCUACUACCAAAGAAGCUUCACGCCAAGUCUCAGGACAAACUGGACCGGGACGAGUCUGAGAAGGAGCAGAAGAAGGAGAAGAAGAAGGAGAAGAGGAACAGCAAGCACCAAGAGAUCUUUGACAAAGAUCUGAAAGCAGCUGAAAUCAACCAACCAGCGGAAGCCGUCAUCCUCUCAGAAACGAUCAGCCCUCUGCGGCCUCAAAGACCAAAAAGUCAACUUUUGAACCAAAUAGGUGGAGACCGCCGGCUCUCCGUGUCUCCCGGACCUCCAUCUUCUUCCAUGAACUCGUCCUCCUCCUCAGGACCCCCACCCAUCAUGCCAAGGAAACCCUCUCACAGCGUACACACUGGUUCCAGUCUGCAGCCGAACGGGAUGGGCUGCCCCGACAGAGGUGAAACCCCUCCCCCGCUGCCGGUGAAAGGCAACACAGCUGAUUACGGCAACCUGCUUGAUAAUCAAGACUUGACGAGCCCCUCGCUGCCCCCGCCGCCCCCACCACAUCAAAGACACAUUCCACCUCCUCUACCCAGCAAGACCCCCCCUCCACCGCCCCCCAAGACUACCAGGAAGCAGGCCUCUGUCGACUCGGGAAUUGUACAGUAAACAAAAGGCGCCGAAAACGAAGCCCGAGCAACACGACAUAAAAGCACCAACAGAAAAGCAGUUGUUUUCACCCACUCGAUCCUCGCUCCCUGUCCCAGCUUGACAAGACGAAUACCUCGCAGCAGCCCGCCCCCUCCUGCCAUCUCUAAUUUCUCGCCUUUAUUCUUUUCCUGCCGCACAUUCCACGUCGAUGCUCUUUUAAACACAAACCAAGCGGCACUGUGAACACGCCACAUCAUCGUUUUUACCUUGACAUGAGGCGGUGUCUGUGUUCAUUCAAACUUGGACCAAUAGCUUUCCAGUACUGUCCCCCCUUUGAGUCUUUCAUGCGUCUUCCCACUGUGUACAGCUGCUUGUAUAUACGAUUUUAUUGUAUUUCAGGGUUUUUUUGUAAGUGAUGUGACUCUUUUUGUAUUAACUCAUUCGAUUGAGUGGCAUUUAUAAAAAACAAGAAGGGCUCGUGAGUUUGGACUGACAGGGAUUCCCGGCACGUGGGACCUAUCGUGGAGUUUUCAUAGGUAAGCGUUUCUGUCGUGCGCGCACGACUAACAUCUGUUCCCGCAUCACUGUCCCGGAUCUCUGUAGCUCUGGGUUGUGAUAAUAAAUGGCUUCCCACUUCACUACUGAAUAAAAUCUCAAAUGUAUGUAUUUUCAAAA